AUGGCGGCCACUGAACAGAAUGGCAUCGACAUUCUUUGCGAUGCCGCUGGCUCGGACAUGCUGCUUUCAUCGCUCUUCUCCCUAGCAACACCCGUUCCCGUCCCCGACCAGCACCAAAGAAUCCAGCCGCCUUUUCAGCAGGAACAACAUGAACUGCAGCACUCUCUACCGCCAUCGUCACCCUCGAAGCAUCAGCUCUUCCAACAGCAGCUCGAUCCCGCCCUGAGACAGACUCCGGGGGAAAUACUCCAGAGAACCCCAUCUGCACUUCCCUCGAAGCGAAAACUCUCCGAUGCGUCUACGUCGUCGCCGUCUCACGUUUGCCAUAUUUGCCGCCGUGUUUAUGAACGAGCCGAUCACUUGACAAGGCAUCUCAGGUCCCACGAAAAUGCCCGGCCGUACCAAUGCACUCGCUGCCCCAAACGCUUCAAUCGCGCCGAUCUCUUAACACGGCACGAAACUACCCACGACCGAGACGGUGCCGCCAAAGAUCGUCCUUUUAUCAGAAGGAGCGAUCGCGCUGCUGAGGCAUGUCUUAAUUGCGCAGCAUCCAAGGCAAAAUGCGAGGAUCAGAAGCCAUGCAGUCGCUGUCGUAGCAAGAGCUUGGCAUGCCAGAUGCCAGCGAGACGAGGGAAUCAGUACCGGACGUCAGAGUCUCAGGUUGGCAUGUCCCCCUCGGAGAGCGCAAUGAUGGCUUCGGCUGGUGGAAACGAUUGCCAGGUAUAUACCGCUGGUGAUGCUGCUUAUGCUUUAUCACAGUCGGCUAUCACUAACCAAGAACAUGCAAUUGAUACUGCUUUGGAAUACACUAGCGCUUCGUUCAUCAGCGCGCCGAGUUACGAAGAUGGACCAGAGGAGUCUAUAUGCUUUGCAAUGUCGCAAAAACUGUUUCCAGACUUUGGAUUUUCCUGGGAUGUAGACUUUGGAUCGCUCAAGGUGCCGCGAUCUGAUGCGAAUGAACGAAGCUCCGAUUCUGGGAACGGAGCCAAGCGUUCCCGCCAAUACCGUAAAGAUGCGACGUCGGAAAAUAUAUCCCUUCGACGUUCGGCGUGGGCAAUCAACUCUAAGACCAACAGACAAGCAGGGAGCUUAGCACUUCGCUCGGACGUAGUCUCAUCUCACUCACGGGAUAGCUUGUUUGCCAUGCUCCUUGCUAACAACCCUACCCCACACCGAGUACCCUCAUUCCCAUCAGCCGAGCUACUGAAUUACAUGAUUGAAACGCAUUUUGCAGUCGAGGAUCCUAAAAGCGAGAGCUUCAUUCACAGAUCUUCUUUGGAUCUGGUAACAACCAGCCUUGACCUUAUCUCUGCCAUUGUCUCAAAUGGAGCUACUUACAUCUCCAGUCCUGCAAUAUGGCACUUUGGCCUAGCCCUUCACGAGCUCACUUCGGGCAUGAUCAAAAAGCUGGAAUCAUCGUCUGUAGCGGCACGGGACAUGACACUCCUCCAAGCCUCUAUGCUUCAUCUGGAAACUGGACAAUGGAGCGGAUUCAACCGGCAAACAGCGGCAGCAGAAAUCGCUGCUCCUCAGCUGUUGAUUUCGCUUCGAAGAACCGGUAGAACGAGCUUUACGUCAGACACAAAUAUUCAUACGCCUGACACUGGCGAUUCUCCUGAAAUACUGGAGUCGAAAUGGCGAAACUUCAUUACAAUCGAAUCCUGCAAAAGACUAGCCAUUCGUGCGUUUUUAUACGAUGUGCAGACAUCGAUUUUAUUGUGGAAAGGGCCUAUGCUUGCGUACAGUGAGCUUGACUUUGCGCUCCCCGCAGCUCAUGACCUCUGGAAGGCCAGCACUCCGCAAGCAUGGUGGGAAUUGAGCUCGGUCAAGGGGCCUUUGCCUGCUGGUGAUGUCCCAAGACUUUCGGAUAUUAGGGAUUGCAUGUCUUUUGUGACCGAAACUAAUGCCUGGGUGGAUAUCGAGACUUGCUGUAAAGCUGCCCUCCAUGGGCUGUGGGGGCAAGUAUGGGCCUAUCGUUGUGCAAUUGCUCCCUUCCAUAGCUCGACUUCAGAUCACUCCGGCUCUGAUACUCCUCUGUGGACACAGACCCUCUACCAAAGCCUUUAUAGUGACCUGCGAAGAUUUUCGGACAAGGUCAAAGAACUGCGGACUUUCAGCCCCGGGCUUCUGCUCCUUUCGGAAUUGUUUAUGAUGAUCCUUCAUGUCUCGCUAGAUGAUGUGCAGCGACUUGCAGGUAGGAAGGGCGAAGAGGAGUCACGAAGAGCUGCGCAAUUAUUGGAAAAGACCUGGUUGUCUAGACAAGAGUCUCGGUAUGCUGUUUGGCAUGCUGGACAGGUUCUUCGAUACGCCGAGGAGUAUCAGCCAACGGGACUGCGAGGAUUCAACGCCAUGGUCGUGUAUCUUGCUAGUCUGACUCUGUGGGCAUAUGGUCUGGUCUCUCAACAGUCAACGAACGACUACAAAGAGACAGGCGAUGACACGGUUUCACUCAACGGAUCGGAGACCGGAGAGUUGACGACCUUCUUGGAAACUGGCCAGGGGACACCGUCACUGGCGUCUCCAGGGGGCGUGCGCUCUCAGUUGGAGCUGUCGAAUUGUGCGGCAGUCUUGUCGCUGUGUCGACUCAUCUUUCGACAAAACUACCCUACGACCAACGAAGCCAUGCCUCCGCUUAUCGAAGGGUUGUGUCGACAACUUGGUGACUUGCAAUCUAGAGUUGAUGGCCAAAUGGCAAUGAAGACAUUCUAG